GACGGAGCGUGCUGUCCAAACAGCCAAUCGGCGAGGACAAGGUCCGAGCAGCGUUGCCCCUGGGCGGGGCGGGGCAGGCCCGGGCCCGUCAGUGGCGAGAAUGGCGGCGGCGGCGGCAACAAGCGGGCCUGGCCCGCUGCGCGUGGGCUUCGUGGGCGCCGGCCGCAUGGCGGAAGCCAUCGCGCAGGGCCUCAUUCGAGCAGGAAAAGUGGAAGCUCAGCACGUGCUGGCCAGUGCGCCAACUGACAGGAACCUCUGCCACUUCCAGGCUCUGGGCUGCCAGACUACCCACUCCAACCAGGAGGUGCUGCAGAGAUGCUCGCUUAUCUUCUUUGCCACCAAGCCCCACAUCCUGCCAGCUGUCCUGGUAGAGGUGGCCCCUGUGGUCACCACUGAGCACAUCUUGGUGUCUGUGGCUGCUGGGGUCUCUCUGAGCACCCUGGAGAAGCUGCUGCCCCCAGCCACACAGGUGCUGCGGCUCUCACCCAACCUACCCUGUGUGGUCCAGGAGGGGGCCAUGGUGGUGGCUCGGGGCCGCCAUGCCGGGAGCAGUGAGGCCAAGCUCCUGCAGACCCUGCUGGAGGCCUGCGGGCAGUGCGAAGAGGUACCUGAAGCCUAUGUAGACAUCCACACCAGCAUCAGUGGCAGCGGUGUGGCAUUUGUAUGUGCCUUCUCUGAGGCCCUGGCUGAAGGUGCCGUCAAGAUGGGCAUGCCCUGUGGCCUGGCCCACCGGAUUGCUGCCCAGACCCUGCUAGGGACAGCCAAGAUGCUGCUGCAAAAGGGCCAGCACCCAGCUCAGCUGCGGACAGAUGUGUGCACACCAGGGGGCACUACCAUCUAUGGGCUCCAUGCCCUGGAGCAGGGCGGGCUGCGCGCAGCCACCAUGAGCGCGGUGGAAGCCGCCACCGGCCGGGCCAAAGAGCUCAGCAGGAAGUAGGGGGUAGGCACUGCAUAGGGCCACAGCCCAGCCCCCCACCCCAGUCCCUCCCUCUCUGGCCCCUUCCAAGGACUAUAGUCCUCUCCAAACUGCAGGAGCCUCCAGAGCUUCCCAGGAAAUCAGACAGGACAGGACUGGAGGGCUUUGCAGGCAGGGGGUCCCCUCCCCAGGGGGAACUACCCCCACGUCCCUGUGGGGAAGAAGACACUGUGGUGGAGGCCCUCCGUAAGGAGUGGUCUGGAACCUGAAGCCCCAAGUGCUGGCACUGCUGGUCAGGUACCCCGUGUGGUCAGCCAGCUGCGGGGGGCAGAGGCAGAGACCCUCUCAGCAAAGCCAGCGGUGUCAUGCCACCACAUCUGUCCUGUCUGUGGGUUGGCCAGCCUCAGGGUGGGGCUACCCCAGGGAGCUGGGCUCUGAUUCUAACAGCCACUGGGAAGAGAGGGGGACUGGGUGCUGCCUCCCUGGCUGAGGAGGAGCUGAUCCAGGUCCCCCCCGGGAGCCCUCACGAGCAGGGUGCUGGGCAGGCCUGCCUCUGCUCCGGUCAGCAGGCUGGUGGAAGAGCUGCCCGAGGUCUGGGAGGAUGGGCCCUGGCCACUGGGGAGCAGAGACCUGGCUUUAGCUGAGUAUGGGCGCCUCCCCUAGCCCCUAGCUGCCCUGAUGACAGCUUUGGGUCAGGAGUCCUCGAGUGUCACAUGACCUCUGUCUGCAGGACUUGGUUCUUGGUCAUGUCCCUGAACAGACCACCAGGCCAGGAAAGCCAGGAACGUGGGGCCCGAAGCAAGGCCUUGAAGCCUUUGGAAGGGGGCAGGCUGCCUGCAGCUCUGGGCACUCUGGGGCCUCCCCACCCCACACAGGCCUGAGUGCUAGAGCUCCCCUCACUUCCACCUGGUGGCCUCCUGAGACUGUGCAUGGGCGGAGGGGGCUGGUGCCCCUGCUGUGCUGCUGGUGGGCUCGCAGACUCAGCGAAUUCACCUGCCAUUGCCUGGACGGCUCAGCACAUGCACACGGCAGGGCUGCUCUUGAGCAGCCCUGCUCUCUCCAUCCGCAGCCUCCCAGUCUGCACUCACCCGCAGCCCCUCACCCUAUCCUCCCCAACCCUCCCAGCCCUGAAGUUCGUGCCUCCCACCCCAACCUGGCUAGCUUUUCUGCUAUGGGCCCUGGCUGACCCAUAGCAGACUGGCUAUGCUUUUCUGCUUGUUACAAGGGUCAAUCUGAGUCCAGUUCCACACCUGAUUUAUCUGUGAAAUGGGAAUAAAAAUACUGUCCUGUA